GCUGUAUUUAAUCGUUUCUUAGCUAUUGGGGGGAAAAAAUCUCCAUUAUAUUUUUAUUUUUUUAUUGAGGAAAUCAGAGGAACACGGUCGAACCAACCACAUAAGCUAGUUCUCAAAUAGAACUACAACUACCACGACCCCGGAAAACCGGAAACGUAGCUCCCAGUUCAGACGUGUUCAUUGAGAAGACUUCCUGCUGGAACAUAAACCUGGUGUCGGUUCACUUUUAACUAUGUGCCUCGCGGUUAUUCAUUUUAGGAAGUAGCGCUUUAUUUUUCGGCCGUGGGCCACCAUGGGGACAGCGUUUGCAGUCCUGCUGGUUUUUGUCGGAUGUUGUAGUAAUGUGGUGUUUCUGGAGCUGCUGGUGAGAGAGUUUCCAGGAUGUGGCAACAUAGUCACCUUUGCACAGUUUGUCUUCAUCACUUUAGAAGGUUUCAUAUUUGAGACAAACUUUGGGAGGAAGAAACCAUCAAUCGCCAUCAGUAACUAUGUUAUCAUGGUGGCCAUGUUCUUCACAGUCAGCGUGAUCAACAACUAUGCUCUGAAUUUUAACAUUGCCAUGCCAUUACACAUGAUCUUCAGAUCAGGAUCGCUGAUCGCCAACAUGAUCCUGGGAAUAAUCAUCCUGAAAAAGAGGUAUUCAGCCAGCAAAUAUCUGUCUAUAGCUCUUGUUUCUGCUGGUAUCUUCAUCUGCACCAUCAUGUCUGCCAAACAAGUGCGUGACGUGUCCAGCGAUGGAUCAGUAGAACACGGCUUUUAUGCAUUUAUGCGCUGGCUUAUAGGCAUUGCUAUGUUGACCUUUGCUCUGCUGAUGUCUGCGAGGAUGGGCAUCUUCCAAGAGACGCUCUACAAGAAGUACGGGAAACACUCCAAAGAGGCUCUCUUCUAUAACCACUGCCUCCCCCUGCCCGGCUUCCUGCUUCUCUCCACAGACAUCUACCAUCACAGCAUCCUUUUCAAUCAGAGCACUCCUGUUCUAAUCUCCACGAUUGGGGUGACUAUGCCGAUAAUGUGGAUCUACCUGCUGAUGAAUGUCAUCACACAAUAUGUGUGCAUCCGCGGGGUUUUCAUCCUGACCACAGAGUGCACGUCCCUGACUGUCACCCUGGUGGUGACACUCAGAAAGUUCAUCAGCCUCAUUUUCUCCAUCCUUUACUUCCAAAACCCCUUCACUGCCUGGCACUGGGUGGGCACGGCCGUGGUCUUCGUGGGAACCCUUCUGUACACGGAGGUGUGGAGCAGCGUGCAGGCGGCUCUGCGGGGGUCGCAGGUCAAAGAGACGAAAGCAGAGUGAUGAAGCAGAGAUCUCAGCAGGAUUAGACUGCCUCUUGUUGGACUGCAGUGGGGUUUUUACACAGUUGAGGUCCUAAUUGAUCCCGUAAACAAACAAACUUUUUUAACUCUCAGACGAUUAUAUUUGACUUUUUCCACAAUCAACAGAUCCCAAUUAAACAUCAGAAUGAUGUGUCCCUGUUUAAAGCUACUGAAUGGGCUGUAGCGUUUCGUGGUUUUGAGUACAUUUUUGUACAAUAUUCUUUAAAUCCCACAAUGCAACCUAAUGAUGUUAUAGAGUAAUUUAACUGUGUGGAAAUAGCAGAUUUGUGAGGCACUUAGCUGAUUUUCUGGAUUUGAACUGUUCAGACUCAGAAACCCUUACGUUUUAACUUGUUUUUUUUUUUAUUUCAACCACAAAUGUUCUCCAGACUCCAUCUUUGUUUAUCACUUGAACCUCAGUAAGCAUUAAUUCACAGAUGGUGCAAUUAUUAGUCUUCAUUUGUCGUGUUUAAGUGUUUUAGACAUUUUUCUGGGGAAUUGUUCCAUGAUCAUGUAACUGAAUAUUUGUUUAGGAUAUUUAAACAUUUCACAGCUCUCAGGUGAAGUUGGACCAGUUUCUGUCAACAAUAAAACAUCACACUCCGUGUCUUCUUAUUAAA